AUGGCAUCGACAUCAAACCAAAACAUUUCCAAUGUUCAAUGCCCGAUAACUAUUGAUUUUGAACCAAAAAACAUUACCAAUCUUUCAGCAUCAGUCUUUCCGACGUGGAUUUGUCUAGUUGUCAUCAACGUCGUUACCUCUCCGCCAACUGUCCUCAUCAAUUCGCUGGUAAUUUGGACCGUGUUGGAAAAUAAACAACUCAGAUCUAACAGCUAUUACCUCGUUGUGGCCAUCCUUUCGCUUAGUGAUCUUCUAAUCGGACUCGUCGUACAACCGCUGUUUGUUUCUUUGCUAAUCUGUAUCAUAAACCAAUGUACAUAUAUUUGUGAAUUGACCAUGUCCUGUGUGAUGCUUGAGGUACUCUGUAGUGCAUUGACAGCUGUUACCACGGCGAUCAUCAGCCUGGAAAGAUACCUCUACAUAGAACAUCCCCUGUACUAUCAGACUUCUGUCACCUCAAAGAAACUGAUGAUAGCAAUAGCAGUUAGCUGGGUUCUGUUGGGGACAGUACUUCCAGCAAGUAGAUUCCUGGUGAACGACUCCUACUGGGCGAGGCAGCUUCCUGUGAUUCUAACUAUCGGUCUCAGCUUCGUUGUCAUCUUAUUUUGCGUUACUAAAAUACACCUGACRGCCCGUCGACAGAUGAGGGCCAUCGCUGCCCAACAAGAACCUGUAGUCCAGCAAAGUAARAUCAAGGAAUACAAGCGCAUUUUCACUCUAGGCUUGAUAGUGCUAGCAUCCGUGGCGUGUUUGUGUCCAAUAUUGGUUUUGAAGAUCGUAGGAGCUGUGAAGGGUAACUGGAGUGAUGACUUCAGAUAUAUAUCGCAAGGUAUUUAYGUGACAUUUUUCCAUUUGCAGUCUCUCAUCAACCCCAUCAUCUAUUCCCUUCGCCUAUCGGACAUCCGUACUGGGGUGGCUAAAAGACUCUGUUGCAACCGCCAUUGA